UUCUGAGUGUGCGAGUGAAACAGCACCGGUGGCAAGCUUCCAAGAUGAAUUUGAUGUUUCGGAAGAACUUCAGCGGGGAGAAAAGCAUCGGCUCGAGCGGCGGCGGUGGGGGGAAAGCGAGGGGGGCGCUAGGUGCAGGCAGGAAUGCCAAGCGUCGUGAUCGCGAACGCUACUCCUUCAUGGAGGAGAAUCACUACAAGACCCUGAAGACGCACUUAUUCCUGUCGGCGGCGCCGCGCUCCAGCGCACAGUACAACGACGGCACAGGUAAAGUGGAUAAACGCAGAUACGAAGGAAAACCGUCAGAACGAUGCGGUCCAGUUUUGGGCGGGGGCACGGGCCUGGAUCCAGAGCCACCCCAACCGCUGGUGACCCGCGAGCCCUCCGUGUCUCUGAUGCGAUGGGAGCGGCCACCGGCCACCACUACGGACCGCCGCCGCACCGAACCAGUCUCGCUGGCGACACUCGAGCGGGACUGCUUCGUCAUCCCGGCACAUGCCCUUGAUCGGUUCUUACCUGAUGGUGUACCGCUUCCAGUGCCCCCGCCAACACCCGAGAAACAGUUAACAACGAAGACUGCGCACAACUCCCUAAGCAUUCUCGAAGUAGCCGACCCCAAACUUUGUAUCCUAGCUCAUUUGAUGAGCCCUUUAGAACCUAUAGAGCCAAUACUGGAAUCACCGCUUACCAAACCUUUAAUGAAGCAGAAAACGGCUGCUGGGGAGCUUCUGAACGAUGUUGCGCAGGCAAACACUGCAGUUGGUGGGAUGCUAUUAGCUAAUAUGGAAAGGAAUGCGGAGUUUCCAUUCAUAUCAUACUAUGUGAUAAAUACGACCCAAUCAGAUCCUUUACUUUUCUAUAAUAAUAUGAGGAGCGCUUCCUUGAAUAAGUUUGAUCCAAAAACUAUUAGAUAUUCCGCAGCACAUACUUUAGAUUUGUAUAGUGAAGUGGCUAUGAUCUGUAGACCGCCAUUCAACGAUUUAGCUGGUGGACCUAAGAAGUCACAUACGCCUACAACUGGAUUUAUAAUUAGUGUUUAUAAGGUUUUCGAGGGUGACGACGGCGAGCGCUUCGAAAGAAACUGGCUUUACUGGACUGGAGCCCGUAUGCUGUAUCGCCACUUGCCACAUUCCGUCGGCAUGAGGAAGAUUGCGCUUCACAAAUCGGUCGCGCAACACGGCGACAAGAUGUACUUGUUGGUCUGCGAGUGUGCCAAUUUGUUGGACAACUUGUCGGGAGCAGCCAUGUUGGUCACAGCGUUAAGGGCAAGAUUGUGCGGGUACACGGGACUUUAUAGGCCCAUACAGACAUUCUAGUAAAGGGACGGCCUUUAAUGGCCAUGGCUGUGUUGUUCUAUAGGAUUUUUGACGUCUAUGCUGUUGCGGGAUCUUCCUUUUGAAAAUUUCUUGGUAGCAAUAACGAAACGCUUUAUGAAUGGGGAAAAAUAUGUAUAAAUUAAACGUACAUAUUUUUUCAGUAUGUUGUUGAGGUAUUACGUACUAAGGUAUUAGAGACACGGCACAUUCUGCUAAUGUACCAAUCAAUUGCGGCGAUAAUACCGCAGUUUGCUCAGUCACUCGAUAGUGUAGUCACGUAUUGUGUUGAUAAAAUAUAAGUUAUCCGCAGAAAAUACGACAUACGGUGGGAUAUGCUGCAUAAAUAAUUCAAGAACCGUAAGCAAAUUCAGGCGAGUAACUUUUUAUCUUGUUCCCCGCGUCUGGCGAACGUUUGUAUGUAACGUGUUCUCUAUACCUCUUAUACCUCAAUACAUAAUACGGGUUUAAUUAAGAAAUUUUGAAGGUGGAAUUGAUACAAUUUAGAUACAAAACGUCUGAAAUCAUAGUUGGUCAUCGGACAGCACAAGUUGUGAAAACGGACCAAAGAAUUAAAUUUUUAAUAUCUACUAAUGAUGGUUAUUGUAUGGCUGGUUAAAAAGUAUGUUUCGAACCGACGUGUUCUUUUAAACUAUUGCUAAAUUGAUUAAGCGAUUGUAAGUUAUAUUUAAAGUCAGAGUGUUUAUCUAUUCGACUAGAAAUGCUUUCCCAUUCUGUCUUUUUCCUAGUUAUUUCGAGAGUAUUUAGAGCUGACUACAUUAACUUUUGAUCUGCCACAAACUAUAAAUGUUUGCAAAACAAAAUAUUUCUAUACUCGCUGAAUCCUGCGAUUAUUUCCGCACGUUUUGAAAAUAAAUUAUUACUCGCUGACAACAUAGCUUUCUAUAACUGAAAUUGAUUUUGAAUUGGUCAAACAAUUUUUGGAUAUAUCAAUUUAAAACGUAUAAAAAAACAAAAUUUCCUAUUUAUAAUAUUAUUAUCGCUUUGGCUCGUUUAUUGUCGAAACUUAUAGAGUUAAAUCUAUGUAGGGUUACUGGAUAUCGAAUUUUCUGUUAUUUAUUAUUUAGCCCCUAAAUUACGUCAUAUAUUCCUUACGUCUAUAAAAUAUUUGACUCCCUCGUGUGGUCACAAUGUGUCAUGUUUGUAAUACACCCUUAUAUGUACCGUCACAUAUUACGU